AUGCCGCUAAUUGAGGAGCUUGCCUCGACGACGUCCGAGGAGCCUGCCUCGACGACGUCCGAGGAGCCUUUGAGACGACGUUUUUUUCGAGGACCUGCCUCGACGACGUCCGAGGAGCCUGCCUCGACGACGUCCGAGGAGCCUGCCUCGACGACGUCCGAGGAGCCUGCCAAGCGGCAGUCCAAGUCCCGGAAGAGGAAGAAGACUGAGGAUGCCUCGACGACGUCCGAGGAGCCUGCCUCGACGACGUCCGAGGAGCCUGUCAAGCGCUCGGAGAAGCCUGCCAGGCAACAGUCCGAAAAGCCAUCCAAGCGACAGUCCGAAAAGCCAUACGUGGUCACGUACCAUGUCCUCCCAUACAUGGAUAGGUUAUUCCAUCCCCAGCUCUUCGCUCGACUCGAAACGGAACUGGGGGUCCGUAUAACUGUGCCCAAGGGCUUUAGCGGCGACCUGCUCGUGCGGGGCUCCCGCCAGGGCGUGGACAAGGCAAUGAAUGUAAUAGAGCCGCUGGCGGAUGCAGCUCGUGAGCGCAAUCGCGUGGAGGAGGCAGCACGCCAGGCGAGGGAGGACGCUGAAGCUCGAAAGAAGGCCGUACAGGCACAGAAGCCACAAAAGCCACAGGGCCCCAAUCCAAAGAAAUGGCCGAUUAAGGAGGACCUAGACGUGCCCAAGGACCAUCAUCGGUUUGUGGUUAAGGCGGCUCGGGAAAUCACGACCACCUGCAAAGUUAGGUUGGUCGUGCCUCCCAAAGACGAUGCCUCCACGUCGAUCACCAUCUGGGCCCGCUCGGCCAAGGCGCUGGAAGACGCCAAGAUGAUGGUCGAGCAGGCCAUGACGAAGCAGAAAAAGCAAGUGCGGUGGCCUAUUACGGAGACGCUCGAGGUCCCCAAGGCACUGCACCGGUUCAUUGUAACUGCAGCUCGGGCGAUCACCUCAACCUGCCAAGUUAAACUCGUGGUUCCUCCCAAAGAAGACGAGUCAACGUCGGUCCUCGUCUAUGCCCGCUCGCCCGAGAUGCUGGAGGCCGCCAAGGUGAUGAUAAACGAGGCCACGGCGAAUAAGCCCACCACGUUGCAGAGGUCCGUGUUCGUGCCUCGGGUGCUGCAUGGGCAGGUCGCGGCCAAGGAGCUGACGGGCGUAAAAUACACCUUGCCGGCAGAGGGCGCGAGCAGCUAGAUUAUACAUGUGGUCGCCGACACCAAAGCUGCCCUCCACGAAGCUUUAAAUUUUAUAGAGGCCUUGGUGGAUACGAAAAGAAUCGUCGUGGCCGUCGUGGUCGCACAGUUCGACAUGCAGAGGGUAGCUGCUGCGGCCGAGGAGGCGGAGCGCCGAUUCCACGUCCAGGUGCAGCUCCCGGAGGCCCUCGAGCCAUUCAACCCGGUGGGGGUGAGGGGCCUCCCGUGGGACGUGCGAAAGGCGAUGGGCUUUCUGAGGCUGACCCGACUCAACUGACCCAAUGCAUCCUUACCCAAUGCAUACCCAAUGCAUAUUUAAAAGGAAAAGGAAAGAAAAAACAAUUCAAAAUUUAGAACCUAGACUAAGAAUCUUCAAAGCUGAUAGAUACAGCUGA